AUGGAAAACGAAAAAAUUGUUCAAAACAAUGAUACUACUACUUCCGUUAAAAAGGGAGUCAAUAAAUCUAUUAAAAAAGUUUUAAUUAAAAACAAAAAAGGAAACAAAAAAAUGAAAGCUCCUAGAUUAUAUGAAAAGGGUGUUAUUUUAGGAUAUAAAAGAUCACAAAGAAACCAAGAUCCUAACUUUACUUUAUUAUCUAUAAGAAAUGUCAAUACUAGAAAGCAUGCACAAUUAUAUGUUGGAAAAAGAGUCGCAUAUGUAUAUCGAACUAACAAACACCACGAUGGAGUUAAAAUUAAGUGUAUAUGGGGAAAAGUAUGUAGAACCCACGGAAAUAGUGGCGUAGUAAGAGCCCGAUUUGCUACUCAUAUUCCACCUCAAGCCUUUGGAAAUAGAGUUCGAAUAUUAUUAUAUCCAUCUAAUAUUUAA